UCUUAUCUUAAAUUUAUAAUUUGAAAUUGAUUACCCAAUUCACAUUAUCUUACUAUUAAAAUAAUAGAAGUUUGAAAUUACCGCGUUUCUUAAUUUUUUUUGUAUUCUUAAUAUAUAUCACUUACUCUUCAGUUCAAUACCAUUUCUCAGGUUUAUUCCACCUCAAAAUCUUCUUGUGGAAUUUGAUUGGAAGAGAUGGGUGGGUUUGAGCUCAAAUGGUUUGUAAGAGUAGUUGUUGUUCUAAUGAUGGUUCCAAAUAUUCUUGGCUGGGGCAAAGAUGGACACUAUGUUAUCUGUAAAAUUGCUGAGGAAUAUCUAACAGCAGAUGCUUUGGCUGCUGUCAAAGCAUUACUCCCAGAGCAAGCCGAAGGUGAUCUUGCAGCUGUCUGCUCGUGGGCUGAUCAUGUUCGCUUCCACUACCACUGGAGUUCUCCAUUACACUAUGUAGAUACACCUGAUUUCUUCUGCAAUUACAAAUAUUGCCGAGACUGCCAUGACGGGUAUGGUCGCAUGGACAGGUGUGUUACAGGAGCAAUAUACAACUACUCAAUGCAACUAUCACAGGGAUACUAUGAUUUGAAUUCAGAAAAAUACAACUUGACUGAAGCACUUAUGUUCUUGUCUCAUUUUGUUGGUGACGUACAUCAGCCUCUUCAUUGUGGUUUCAUUGGAGAUCUUGGUGGAAACACUAUAAUAGUUCGUUGGUACAGGAGGAAGACUAAUUUGCACCAUGUAUGGGAUACCAUGAUUAUUGAAUCUGCAUUAAAGACAUACUACAAACGUGACCUCAUGUUAAUGACACAAGCUCUUCUGAGAAACAUCACUCAUGAAUGGUCCGAUGAUGUUCCAUCUUGGGAAAAUUGCACGAAGAUGGUUUGUCCUGACCCGUAUGCUUCUGAAAGUAUCCGCUUGGCCUGCAAAUUUGCCUACAGAAAUGCAACCCCGGGAAGCACUUUAACAGAUGAUUACUUCCUCUCUCGGCUUCCUGUUGUGGAGAAGAGGUUGGCUCAAAGUGGGGUCCGCUUGGCUGAAGUUCUCAACCGAAUUUUCACUAAAAAACCAUCAGUUGCUGCACAAUGAAGAUAAACUGCAGAAGGAAGUCACAGAUAGGGACCCACUCUAUGCAACUUCCUUCAUUACUUGGAGUUUCCCUCACUCCAAGAACUGAAACUACCUAAAAUGCCUUACAAGUCAAUCAUCAUUUAAAAAGGUGUAAUAAAUUGUACCUUUAAAUGUACAACUAGUCAUCACAUGUGACGGAUGCUGCUGUCAUAUUAGAAUCUGCUGUAUGUUGCUUUUAUGGAUAAUCUACUUCUUUUUACUUAAGAUAGGAGGAAUCUUCAGCUUGUACACAAUAACCAUUUGAACAUUUAUAUAUAUAGAACAAAUCCCAUUUUGGUGGGACAUUUCUGGUUUUCAA